UCAGGGGUGAGCGGGGGCUCGCUGAGACUCUGCCGUGCCGUGUGGGCGCUUCCUAAUCCGGAGUCAAGUGACGGCGCUUUACUCUCUGUUCUCCCCACAGGCUUUGUAGGGACGCCUGUCGGGCGAAGGAACAGCCUCCCAGAGGGUCACUUCGGGGUCCUGGAGCCGGGGCAGGAAGCCUGGUGACUGAAGCGAUGGCCAGUGGAUUUCUCUUCAAGUGCUGGUGAAAGCUGCGUGCGAGGAAGUUCUGUACGGCCACGGCCAGCACGAGCGGCAGCUUCCCACGACUGCUGUGGGGAUAAAGGCUACAAAAUGACAGCUGUAACUUAACCCUUGCUGCUCCAGGGCGGCUUUGGGGGUGAGGCAGUGGAGAAGCAGAUGUCUGGAGGAGGAGGGAUGUGUGAAGCCAAACCGGCUAGUUCCUGCUGCUGGAGUGGCGAGCUCUCCGAGGGCAGGGGUGCACCAGGGGCCAGCCCUUGUGUGGAUAACAGACCCUUGUUCUCAAGUUUUGGGGAUCCGGGAAGGACUGGGCCUAGCGGCUGCCACUUCUUCCAAGAAUGCUGCAGUCCUGAAGGCCCCGAGCAUACGUCUCCGAGCCAGAGCUGGCCGAAACUACUCCACGGAGCCACCGAAGGCUUGGAACCCAUGGAGGCUCAUGGGCCAGCUGCUGCUGGGACAUUGCUAGCCGAGCCAGCAGCCGAGAGGCUAGGGAAGGUGGAGGAGGCCGCCCGUUCUCCCCAUCAGGGCUUUCCAGAAGGCGGCGGGCAGAGGCCUGCCUGCACCGCAGGGGAGGGCGUUGGUUGGAAUGGAAGCUGCGACCGAGUACCGACGGGGUUGCUCGAAGAGGAUGGCUUGCACUUUACUGAGUCCAGUGCCCCUGGCUCCUGUCUGUCCAGUUAUGAACGUUCCUGUAGUUGUCGGGGGGAGAGUUUGGAUCCCUCCAGGACUUAUUUGGAAAAGGGGAACUGCUCGUGUAGCAUCACCUGCCAGCGCUGGGCUUCAGAGUCCCCUGGAGCCGAGGACGAAGCCUUUGCUCCUGAUUCGGCCCCAUCGCUGCAGGGCCAGGAGGAAGACGAGGAAGAUGACGGAGUGUCCAAGGCCAGCGAGGACCCUUCGGACUUUGGCAGGGUGCUCGGCGGCAGGAAGAAUGGGAGACGCCAGAGGCACCGCUCUGGCACGAAGGACAAGGAGGAGGGGAAGGAGAACGCCAGGCGGGAGGGUAGAUCUGCGCCGGCUGGCGGGAAGCACAAGCAGGCCAGGAAGAGGAGCCAUGCGGACCGGCGGCGCCACCUAAAAGCGGAGGUCCCCAAGCAGCUGGAAGAGCUGGCCUGGGUCUGCGUCUCCUGUUUCAAGAAGCUCAUCAAGCUGGUGCUGGUCAUCACCCAUGAGUGUGGCGAGUACGUGGAAGCUGGUGGGAGGCUCCUCUACUCCUGCUGUCAGCUCGACGCCUGGGACCGGGCCUCAGCCCAAGGCAGCAUGAGGACGUGGAGCCAGUGGGCCAGGAGCAGCUCGGGGACGGCGGCCCGGUGGCUGGGUUCCGGGGGGAACCGGAUGUGGCGGCUGCUCAAGAUGCUGGGUGCCCUGCUCUUCCUGGUGCUCAUGCUGCUCCUGGGCAGCCUGCGGCUGUGCUGGCGAGUCUCCAAGUCGCUGCUCCUUGCUGGGGCAGCUAAGCUGGGCAGAACCAGCUGCGUGGCCCGGCUCCUCUCGCUCCUGGACUCCCCCUUCCUCCGCAGAACGGGGGCUCUCGUCCAGGAAACCAGGACUUGCAAGUACGUGGCACGCUUGCUGCAAAAGUGGAGAGGGCUGCUUGGGGCAGCCAAAGGGCUAAGGACCGACGGGCUGGCAGAGGCUGGGGCUGGCCCUGAUCCUGGCCCAGGGGGGCGCUACCAGCCCAGCCAGGAGGUGGCACGGCUGCUGGCCCUGGCCGACGUGCCUGAGGAAGAGCUGAACCCCUUUCAGGUACUGGGGCUGGAGGUGACUGCUUCAGACACGGAGCUGAAGAAGGCCUAUCGUCAGCUGGCUGUGCUGGUUCACCCUGACAAGAACAAGCAUCCGCGGGCGGAGGAAGCCUUCAAGGUGCUGCGAGCCGCCUGGGACAUCGUGAGCAACCCGGAGAAGAGGAAAGAGUAUGAGAUCAAGCGGAUGGCGGAGAGCGAGCUGACCAAAUCCAUGAAUGAGUUCCUCACCAAGCUGCGGGAAGACCUGAAAGAGGCCAUGAACACCAUGAUGUGCAGCAAGUGCCAGGGGAAGCACAAGAGGUUCGAGAUGGACCGAGAUCCACUCAGCGCUCGCUACUGCGCGGAGUGCGGCAAGCUGCACCCUGCCGAGGAGGGAGACUUCUGGGCCGAAUCGAGCAUGCUGGGGCUGAAAAUCACCUACUUCGCCCUGAUGGAUGGGAAAGUCUAUGACAUCACAGAGUGGGCCGGCUGCCAGCGGGUUGGAAUCUCUCCCGACACCCACCGCGUCCCGUAUCACAUAUCGUUUGGAUCGAGGAGCUCUGGCUCGGGUGGACGCCAGAGAACCGCCUCUGAAGGCAGCCCUACCUCGGCUGCAGACCUGCAGGACUUCUUCAACCGCGUAUUUCAGGGGACCCCAGGGCAGAUGCCCAACGGGGGCUUCUUCAGCCCACCCCAACCCCCCCGGGCAGCAGCUCCUUCUGCUUCUGCUCCAGCCCCGAAGACAGAGAGUGCAGCCCCAAAAGGGGACUCGAAGCAGAAAAGGCGGAAGAAAGUGCGCCGUCCCUUCCAGCGCUGAGGAGCGGCGUGGCCGGUGUGGGCCGCUUUGAACUCGGCCUGGCAGGAGGCCACAAGCACUGGCAGGAGACGAAGCUCCGGUGGACGUUCCAGCAGGCAGCUGGGCGCGUCCCAGGCGCUAGGUCGGACACUAAAGGGCUCUUUACAAGAAGAAGAAUCUAUUUUUUUUUCUUUAGAUAUUUAAAAACAACCAGUCGUUCGGGGAAUUUCCGGCUGACGCCGUUAACUUCUAGCAUAAAGAACCAGCCCCAGUGAUACCAAAGAACUCCAGCGGGGGGUGCCCUGCAGGAUCCCUGGAGACACCAGCCCAGUGUAUGGGGAAGGGUCUCUCUGCUGGGGUGGCGUGGGGUGGGGGAAGCUGGACAGAGCCAUGGAAUCUCUUCAGGGUUACUUUAAAAAUCAGGGGAUGUUUCAUUUCCAUGAAGGCCACACCUGGGAUCCACUGGGAGGCAGCCAUGUCCCUUCCAUCCACCUGCCUCCCCUUCUCAGGGGCAGCUCCCCUUCGCUCCCCUGCCCAUUGAAGUCUGUGUCUCGCAGCCCUCCGAGAGCUGGGGGGAGCUGUAAUCCGUCAGACACAGUGACUGAGCAGCAUCCCAUAGAACUGAGUUGCGAUUUGGCCUCCUAAAGUUUCUGCAGCAGGUCGGAUUGACCCCGCCCGUCCCCGCAACUCAUCACCCGAGAAGAGCCAUGCCAAGCGUUAACCCCCCUGGUGCUGGAGGGCAGCUUGCUCAGCUCACAGCUGCCUGGAGAAUGCUCCCAGGGAGCAGCCUGGCCUUGGCCCUGGGAGCCAAGACUGAGUCCCUUGUCUGACUCUUGCAGAGUGUUCUCCAUACCUGCUGCUGUAGCCAGUGCAUCUGUCUGCGCUCUCAGCGGAGCGGGUGGGGAAGCCUUUUUCCCCAGAGAUGAAAUGAGGCAUGGGAGGGGUGCUCCCUUCCCACUGCGCUGGUAGCACAGGCUGGCCCCUAGCUUCAUGCUUAUCCCCCCAUCUGAUUUUUGUUGCUGAUUUCCCCUCGGCCCUGCUUUCCUGCCUGCUGGGCUCUGCCACAGGCCUGAGACGCAGGACAGCGGUUCCUCAGCAGGUUUCUCUGGGAGCUCCGUUGUGAGAUGUUGUCUUCACAAGUCUCCUGAUCUGUGCAGCCAGUAUUGAAUGUACUGUUCACAGGGAUGCUGGCCGGUGCCAGCCGCUCGCACGCACGGGGCCCAGACUUUCCAAAGGAGCAAGAUCAAGUUUGUAAGCCCAGCCCCAACCUGG